UCACAGAUCACUUGAGAUUCAUUCUAUGGGCUACAGAAACCUGAAAGAUAUCUUGGCAGAGCAGGUGCCUACAGAGGAGUGCUGGCCUUAGGGGAGGAUUGGGCCACUGUGACCUCAUGGAAAUGCAGCCAUGGUGACAGGCACAUCAGUGUCCUCCAUCCUACUCUCUCCCUGUCAGAGGCUGCUCCAUAGCCCCCAACCAACUGGAAGCCAGACAACCCUCUGAUGUGGUCUGCACAGGCCCUGGCCUCACUCAGCUCACCCCACGCCUGGAUCAGACUGCAGACUUCAGCCUCUCUCUUCUAUAAGGGAGAAAGUCAGCCAGCCCUCCUCAGUUGCCUGUCUUAACCUGCAUCAUGAAGCCUGAGGAAAUUUCAAGAGGAAAAGCUUUUGGACUACGCAAGGCCCAGCAGGAGGAGGGGCUGAAUGAGAUCAACAAGCAAUUCUUGAAUAAUCCUAAAUACUGCAGUGAUGAGGACCUGCCUUCCAAACUAGAAGCCUUCAAGAGUGAGGAGAAGUAUAAGUACAUGGAGUUUGAUCUGAAUGGAAAUGGAGAUAUUGAUAUUAUGUCCUUGAAGCGAAUGCUGGAGAAACUUGGGGUUCCUAAGACCCACCUAGAGCUAAAGAAAUUAAUUAGAGAGGUGUCCAGUGGCUCCGAGGAGACGUUUAGCUACUCUGACUUUCUCAGAAUGAUGCUGGGCAAGAGAUCCGCCAUCUUGAGAGUGAUUCUGAUGUAUGAGGAAAAAAACAAAGAACACCAGAAGCCAACUGGUCCCCCGGCCAAGAAAGCUAUUUCUGAGUUGCCCUAAUGGCGGUGGAUGUGCACAGGGUGGGACUGGAGGGGCCGUCUGAUGUCAGCAGCACGGAAAGAAGCAGUUGUGAGCCAGAGUCAAACUAAAUAAAUAACGCUCCCUACCGGGUCAA